UAUUUUUAUUACCUGUGAUUGUCUGUGAUGGCGUCUGCAUAAUUCGCUGUCGGCGUCAAUAUUAAUUAUUUUUCAGUUUCAUUUUAUUUAAAAUAAGCUCAAUUGAUUUUGUAGUUUAACUAGUUUUUACGUUCAGUAGGGAUUAAUGUGUAUUGUCCAAGUUGUGAAGUUUUAGUACUUAACCUAGAAAUUUACUAACAAAAAUGACUACCGAGCAAGAAAAUACGGAAAUUGACUGGGGAAAUGAGCGGCUGAGUAGAGCUCAAAGAGCAGUUGAAGCCAACACUUACGAUGUGGAUUCUUGGUCGCUCCUCAUCCGUGAGGCCCAAACAAGGCCCAUCAAUGAAGUACGAGUCAUGUACGAGAAGUUAAUAACCGCAUUCCCGACCACGGGACGGUACUGGAAGAUAUUUAUAGAGCAAGAGAUGAAGGCUAGAAAUUUCGAAAGAGUUGAAAAGCUGUUCCAGAGAUGUCUCAUGAAGAUCCUGAACAUUGAGCUGUGGAGGCUGUAUCUCAACUAUGUGAAGGAGACCAAGUGUAUGCUGCCUACUUACAAGGAGAAAAUGGCCCAAGCCUACGACUUCGCGCUGGAUAAAAUUGGUCUGGACAUCCACGCGUACCCGAUAUGGAACGACUACAUCACCUUCCUCAAGAGUGUGGAGGCAGUCGGCUCCUACGCUGAGAACCAGAAGAUUUCUGCUGUCAGGAAGGUAUAUCAAAGAGCGGUUAUAACGCCCAUUAUAGGUAUAGAAACACUAUGGAAAGAUUACAUUGCUUUUGAGCAAAGUAUUAACACUAUUAUUGCUGAGCGUAUGGCGAUGGAACGCUCCCGAGAGUAUAUGAACGCUCGUCGCGUUGCCAAAGAGUUGGAGACGGUCACUCGAGGGUUGAACAGGAACAUGCCAGCAACACCACCGACUGCAGAUAGAGAGGAGAUGAAGCAGGUGGAACUAUGGAAGAAGUACAUAACGUGGGAGCGUUCGAACCCUCUCCGGUCUGAGGACACGGCGCUGGUGGCCCGCCGCGUGAUGUUCGCCAUCGAGCAGGGCCUGCUGUGUCUGGCUCAUCACCCCGACGUGUGGCACCAGGCCGCGCAGUUCCUCGAUCACUCCGCCAAGCUGCUGCAGGAGAAGGGGGACUCGAACGCGGCCCGCCUGUUCUCGGACGAAGCGGCCGCGGUGUACGAGCGCGCGACCAGCGGCCCUCUCAAACACUCCACUUUGUUACACUUCGCGCACGCCGACUACGAGGAGAGCAGGCUUCAUUAUAACAAGGUACACCAAGUGUACACCCGCUACUUAGACAUGGAGGAUAUCGACCCGACGCUCGCCUACGUGCAGUACAUGAAGUUCGCGCGCAGGGCUGAGGGCAUCAAGUCAGCCAGGACUGUCUUCAAGAGGGCCAGAGAGGAUCCUAGAUCUCGCUACCACGUCUUCGUGGCCGCGGCCCUCAUGGAGUACUACUGCUCCAAAGACAAGAACAUUGCCUUCAGGAUAUUUGAGUUGGGCCUUAAAAAGUUCUCUCACAUACCUGAAUAUGUACUCUGCUAUAUCGAUUACCUGUCGCAUUUGAAUGAGGACAACAACACUCGCGUCCUAUUCGAGCGAGUCCUCUCCUCUGGCAGUCUGAAGCCCGAGAGCUCCGUGGACAUCUGGAACAGGUUCCUGGAGUUCGAGUCCAACAUAGGAGACCUGGUCAGCAUCGUCAAGGUCGAGAAGAGAAGACAGGCCGUGCUGGAGAAGAUCAAAGAGUUCGAAGGCAAGGAGACGGCGCAGCUGGUGGACAGAUACAAGUUCCUGGACCUGUACCCCUGCAGCAUCGCGGAGCUCAAGUCCAUCGGGUACACGGAGGUAGCAUCCAUGUCCAACAAGUCGUGGGCGCUGGGAGGUCCAUUAGCUGGCAUAUCGCCAGAGCUAGCCGCCGUCAUACUGGGACAGAAGGAUAACGAUCCCAACAAGGACAUAGCAAGACCUGACACGAGUCAGAUGAUACCGUACAAGCCUAAGGUCAAUCCCUUGCCCGGAGAACAUCCUAUACCAGGCGGCUCGUUCCCGAUGCCGGCGGCGGCGGCGCACGUGUGCACGCUGAUGCCGCCGCCGUCGUGCUUCCGCGGGCCCUUCGUGGCCGUCGACCGCCUCAUGCAGCUCUUCAACAGGAUCUCACUGCCCGACAAACCGCCAGCCCCCACGCAGGAGAACGGCUGCGACACGAAGCUGUUCGACCUGGCGCGCUCUGUGCACUGGAUCGUGGACGACGACGGGAUCACCACUGUGGCCAGCAAGGCACGUCGACGGAAAAUCGGCGAGGACUCGGAUGACGACGAACUGGGAGUAGCGCCGCCCGUCAACGACAUCUACCGGCAGAGACAGCAGAAACGCGUCAAGUGAUCAUACACGACCAUACAACUCAUACAAACCUCGAAUCAGACUAACAACGUCGGCCAAUACAUCAGACUUAUAAGUAUUGAUGAUGGCAAGUCAUUUGUUACUCAAUAAUAAAGGCUAUUGUUUUUGUACUCACCAGGUGGCGCCACUGUAGAGGAAGGUCAUAGCUUUCAACUGCAAUCCAACUUCAAAAGGCCGAUUGCAGUUUAAGAGCAGUCGGUGUAUCGGAUUUGCGGGCAAUGGUUUGCAAGGCCCAAAUUCUGCUAUUUACAAUGAACGAUGAAUGAAUGAAAAUUGACUUAUAUAAAAAAAAUGUAUUCUCUAAAG